UUGUUCAUGUACGAUGCAAGUAUGUAUGGAUGGGGAAAAAUGGGAGAAAACGACGACGUAGCUUUUGCCCGUUCAACGGGCAGGCAGAAGCAGAUGCACCAACAGAGACCACCACUUUUCAUUUUCGCUGUGUUAUUAUUUAUAUGGAGCAGCGACCUUCCUUGAACCUUCCCUCGUGGCGCACUCUUUUCCAUCCCUCGCCCGCCUCGCCUCGCCUCGCCUCUCUACUCCUUCUGAGGAAUUCCCCCUUUCAAGGCGUUCUUCUCCAGAACUUCAUUGAUCUGGCGAUGGAUCACUUUAGAGGUGUAGAUCAGAACGCCUUUGCUGCCGCUCUUGAAGAGAUGAGGGGCUUCACUUCCAUCUCCGACAGAAUAGGUGCGGUUGUUUGCCCCAAGCCUCGCCGACUCGGGCCUUUGUCCAGUGACCUUUUGACGCUUCAAGUGAGUCAUCGGCCUGAGGUCUGUGAGUCAAGAGCAGGGGCACCGCAUCUCGACCUCUUCCUUACAGAGGAGGAUUUUGAAGUUGAACAGCAGCCUGCUUCAGCAGCAGCAUUUUUCAGUGGAUCUCCUCCGAGCAGGGCUGAUAACCCAUUAGCUCAAGAUCCUCGAUUCAGGGAUGAGAGGAUCAAUCCGGUUAUGGCACUGCCAACUAAUUUUUUGCCUUCAGGUUUGCCUUCUCCUUCAUCAUCUGCCCGAAAAGGGUGUGUGAGGAUGAAGUUUGGGCUUAAACCUGCUACUGUUAGGAUAGAAGGUUUUGAUUGUCUUAAUAGGGAUGGCCAAAAUUCCAGCAUCCCUGCCUUUGCUUAGAAGAAGAAGCUCUAUCACAAAAGGAACUGUAAAUAUAUGGGCUGGAGCUCGAUCCCCUCAUAAAUUCAAGCAUGAGAAGAGUAGAACAGAGACGACGGGCAUUCCGAUAUAUUGGGUAAGAGAAUUCUAUUGUUAGUAAUAUGUAUAUACGGGGGUGUUGUAGUCUUGUUAUCGAUUUGUUACACUUCUAGUUUUAUCGUUGUAAGUAAUGUUUGAUUCGACAAGGAGGGAGCAAAUCAUUCGUUGUAGAAAUAUCUGAGUCUGUUUCUAGAAUUCCCUUUUUGUAACAAUGGGAGGAGUUGAGAGAAUGAUUAUUUAGUAGGAGAAUUGCCCACUAGGAAGUUUGUGUGUAUAGUCUACAAAUUGGACGGGCCACACUGUAAAUGUACUCUGCUAAUACCUAAUCCAGUAUUUUUGUAAUAUUCGGCAUUGCCUUU